AUGAAAGCUGAAAUCAGAGACACAAGAGAGUACUGCAAGUUCCACGAAGAUUAUGGGCACGAGACAGGCAGUUGUCGAGACUUGAAAGUUGAAAUUGAGAGAAUGAUAGACACAGGCGAACUAAGGAAGUUUGUAGCUCACAAAACAAAAAACAAUGAUAAAGGGGAAAAGAGGAGCAGAGACGACAAAGGAAAAGAGAAGGAAGACGAGCGGACGUCGAAAAUACUGGGAACCAUACAUAUGAUCAAUGGAGGAGGACACAUCAGUUCAACGAUUAGAAAAAAACAGAGAAGGGAAGUGAUGAACAUCAGAGAAACCCACAUGCCACCAAUAAUCUUCGAUGUUGAAGACUAUGAGCAUGUGAAAGCACCCCAUAACGAUGUCUUGGUGGUGACGACUAUCAUUGAGAACUGGAAUAUGGAGCGAAUCCUAGUUGAUGAACGAAGUGCUGUAAAUCUCAUGACAAACGAUGCAUACAAGAUUCUUGGAGGAACCGCACCAAGGCUACGCCGAGUCUCGAUCCCACUAUCAGGACUCGGUGGCCCCUCCAUCAAUCCGCUAGGAGCUGUCACGCUGGAAGUCAUAAUCGGCCCGGAGAGAGGAACCAACAAGAAGGUCAUGUCAUUAUUCAACAUAGUGGCCAUGGAAUUAACAUACAACGCCAUCCUUGGAAGACCCUUUCUCCAUGAUUCCACUGCAGUAACCAGCAUAAGGGCACUGGCAAUGAAAAUACCAACUGAGAAAGGAGUGGUGACGCUAAGAGGCGACCAUAAUAUCGCCAAAAAAUGCUACGAAGAGUCCGUUGUGGAUCUUCAAGAAAGCAAGGCAGAGAAGAAGGAAGAAUAG